UACUUCCAGUUACUGCAGAAUUUUCUGUUCUGGUGGAGAAGGAGUCUCGCUCCUGGCCUGAGGCGUGAGACUGACUUCUUAAGGUCCUGAAUCCCCGAACCAGGAAGGGUUGGGUGAACAGUGUCUGCCAGCCCUCCCGCUCCGAGUGAGGGGCCCCUGGUUGGGGUCGUCCCUUCCCUUGCAUCCGCAUCCCUCUGAGUUUUGCGCUUUUCUGGGGAAAUCCCUCGCCUGGAGAUGGCUGGCAAGGACUCGUCCCGCUGCCUACUCCUCCUGGCCGCGGUGCUAAUGGUGGAGAGCUCCCAGCUUGGCAGCUCGCGGGCCAAACUCAACUCCAUCAAGUCCUCUCUGGGCGGUGAGACGCCCGCCCAGGCCGCCAAUCGAUCUGCGGGCAUAUACCAAGGACUGGCUUUCAGCGGCAGUAAGAAGGGGAAAAACCUGGGGCAGGCCUACCCUUGCAGCAGUGACAAAGAGUGUGAAGUCGGGAGGUACUGCCACAGUCCUCACCAAGGAUCCUCAGCCUGCAUGGUGUGUCGCAGGAAAAAGAAGCGCUGUCACCGAGAUGGCAUGUGCUGCCCUGGUACUCGUUGCAACAACGGCAUCUGUAUCCCAGUCACCGAAAGCAUCUUAACUCCUCACAUCCCGGCUCUGGAUGGCUCUCGGCACAGAGAUCGAAACCAUGGUCAUUACUCCAACCAUGACUUAGGAUGGCAGAAUCUAGGAAGACCACACACCAAGAUGUCACACAUAAAAGGGCAUGAAGGAGACCCCUGCCUACGAUCAUCGGACUGCAUGGAAGGGUUUUGCUGUGCUCGUCACUUCUGGACCAAAAUCUGCAAGCCAGUGCUCCAUCAGGGGGAAGUUUGUACCAAACAGCGCAAAAAGGGCUCUCAUGGCCUGGAAAUUUUCCAGCGGUGUGACUGUGCAAAAGGCCUGUCUUGUAAAGUAUGGAAAGAUGCGACCUAUUCCUCCAAAGCCAGACUCCAUGUGUGUCAGAAAAUCUAAUUGCCUCUGAAGAAAAGUGUCACUAGCAGACUGUGAAUUUGUGUAUUUAAUGCAUUAGAGCAUAGUGGAAAAGAAGGUGUGGAAUACAGGAGACUGGCUAAAGUGAAGAAUGUAAAAAAAAUCACAGGAAGGAAGAAACAGAACGGAAGGAAUUAGAAUGGUGGACAAGGCAACACAGCUCUGUGUUUCCAUUAUGCAACUUGUUUAUGUAAAUAAUGUACACAUUUGUGAAAAUGCUAUUAUUAAACAAAAGUGCACAGUGGAAAUUAUUGACGAAUGCCAUGAGAAUUUCCAAGAGUUUAGGUUGUGCUGGAGGAGAGAUUUGCUUCAAAUUGGUGAUUAAUUACAUGAAUAAACUAAGAGUCAUAUUUUAUUCGAAGUUGUAGUUGAAUAAAGUAUACCCGUAAAACAUGAAAACAGUUGUUAAACAGGAAUUUAAAAACACUGAAAGUAGUUAAUUUGCAACACAGAAUCUCCUCUUAAGUUGGAGGAAUUACUUUUACCAACUCAAUUAAAGGCUCUCACAGAGAAGGAAAAAAGCAGCCAGUA